AUGUCUGACGAUAGUCAAAGUAGCGAUAAUAGUAGUAUCGAAUCUAGCGAUAGUAAUUAUCAAGUAACAGAAUUAUUUGAAAUUGAAAUAGUAGAAAUGACGAUUCCCAAAUUAACUUAUGAAUCAGGGAUUAAAUUUAUACCAAGGUACGGGGGAGAGGAAGGCGAAUUAGGAAGUUUUAUUAAAUCAUGUGAAUAUGUGAUAAAUAAUGUAGUAGAUAGUCUUCAACCAUUAAUUCUAGAAGGGAUAUUGGCAAAAUUAUCAGGUAGGGCCGAUCAGGUAACUAGGUUUAAAUCUAUUGGUACAUUUGAUGAAUUAAAAACCAUUUUAACGGAGAAUUUUGGAAUAUAUCAAACAGUGAGUCAGUUGCAAUUAGAAUUAGCAGCAUGUGUACAAACUAAGAAUGAGGGAAUAAAAGCAUAUUAUGAAAAGGUCGAAGGUAUUUGUUUUAAAUUAAUAGAGGCAAUGGUAUUAGAAAAUCCAAAAAAAGCGGAAGAGACAGUGAUAAACAAAAUAGUGAAAAGGCAAGCAUUAAAUGUAUUUGUAGCAGGACUGAGGGAACCGUAUAAUAUAUUAGUAAAGGCUCAGAGUAGGGAUACACUAAGAGAAGCAUAUCAGGUAGCAUUGGAAGAGGAAAAAGCGUUAUUAGCUCAGGAACAUAAUAGGAAACUUUUUGUGAAUAGCGACAAAGGAGUAAAACCAGGUGUUAAGUGUUUUAAGUGUAAUAAAAUAGGACAUAAGAGCUUCCAGUGUUAUAGUAAGAGUACAGGGCAAGGAAAAAAUCAAAGUUACGAAAAAACGAAUAGGGAAAAUGAUAGAAAGAAGUGGGAAGAUCAAGCGAAAAUAACGUGUAAUUAUUGUAAGAAACCAGGACACGUAAUGGCAAACUGUUAUAAAAUAAAAAAUAGAAAUAGGUACCAAGGUGAAAAUAGUAAUAACAGUAGUGUAAGUAAUGCACCGGUAGCGAACUCGUUAACAGUCAGUGAGUAUCAAGCGCGAGUGUUGACUAUAAUCGAAAUGAAAAACGAAUGUGUAAAGUGUGAUGUACCAUUGUUAAAAAAUAAUGUCGGAGAAUUUUUAGUGGAUAGUGGUGCUGAUUUAAAUUUGAUUAAAUUUUCGAAAUUGAAGGGAGAAGUGAGAAUGUUCCCAAGUAAGACGGUACAACUAAGAGGUAUAAAUGCGACACCAGUUUUAACAUUAGGUAGAACAACAUUAGAGUUAAUAGCGGGUGACGUAAAACUAUCAUCAGAAUUCGAAAUAGUAUUUGAUGACUUUCCGAUUUGUGUGGACGGUAUAAUAGGGAAAAAAUUAUUGAAGGAAUAUAAAAUGUGCAUUGACCUAGAGAGGAACGUGUUAGUAGUACCGGACAACAAAAUUAAUAUUCCACCACGCGCGCAAACGAUAGUGCCUAUACGAGUGAAUAAGUUAUUACAAAACAAGUGUUUGGUAGUUCAAAGCCAACGCAUUAAUGAGGACGUGACAAUUGGUAGUACAAUAGGCAAUGUAGAAAAAGAAUAUAUGAAAGGAAUAGUGUUGAAUAAUUCGGACGAGUGGCAGGAAAUAAAUGAAUUAGAAUUAGAUAAAUUGGAGUAUUAA